AGCGAGAACCUGCUCCUGGGCGGCGACGGCCUCUGGAAGCUGGGCGACUUCGGCUCCGCCAGCGAGAGGUCGUUCGACCUCGAGGGCGCGCCCAAGAAGGCCGUGCUGGAGGCGCAGCAGUUCAUCGACGGGCGCUGUACCCCGAUAUACAGGGCCCCCGAGCUGGCCGACGUCUAUCUGAGGUGGAAGAUUGGGCCUAAGGUUGACGUGUUUGCCCUGGGGUGCAUCUUGUUCGCGACCUUGACUGGUCAACAUCCAUUCCCAAUGGACUCGGCGUGCGCGAACAUCUCCGCGAGCUACAGGACGCCGCCGGAAGCCGAAGCGGCGUACGCGCCGGCGGUCUUGCGGUGGCUUCGGCGGCUGUUGGCGCGGGAGCCGUGGGCGAGGCCGACUGCCGUCAAGCUGGCAGCCGAGAUAGAGGCCUACAGGAUGCUGGGAGAGGAGCCGCCCGGGCCCUGCGCCGCCGCGGAGGCGCCUGCCAAAGCUGCCGCCAAGCGGGUCGGCGCGGCAAAGGCGCCUGCGGAGCAGGGCCCGGCGUGGGUGGCGGACUUCUCGUCCUUCGCGCCCGCGCCGGCGGCGCCUCGCCUGCAGGAGGCCCAGCAAGACAGACCCGGCGCUGGCGUGGCGGCUGCCGCCGCGGCCGCCGACGCCGAGGCCGGCGGCGCGGCAGCCGCCGCGGCCGACGUCGGCGAGGCCGCCGCUGGCGAGGCCGCAGCCGGCGAGGCCGCCGCCGGCGAGGCCGCCGCGGCCGAGGCCGCCGCGGCCGAGGCCGCCGCCAUCGGCGAGGCCGCGAGCGGCGAGGCCACCAGCGGCGAGGCCGCCGCCGAGGUCCUGGGCGAGGGCGCCGACGAGGCUUAGCCGGUGAUACCGUGAGGCUGCCUGCCAGACGCUGCUGCAGUGUUGGUCAGGCGGUGGCCGGCGCCCGCCAGCGGCGCUGCUCGCAACGGCAGCGCGGCCAGACGCGCCGCGUCCGCCCUGUGGUUCCCUCGUUCUGCGCUCUCCCCCAUCCUUGGCAUCUCUCCCGCUCCCCCGCCCUCCUGAAGUUCCGAACCCUCCUCGGCCCGGCAGCAGAGCGCUGCGCGGCCCGUCCUGCUGCCGAACGGGCGGCGGAGCAGGCGGCAGAGGGACGUGCGGACGGCAGAGCGGGCGCGGCAGCAGCGCGCCAGACAGGGGCCGCAGGACAAAGUCGGUGGAGCCCCCCGACCCCACGGCACCUAGCCAGAGCACGCCGAGGAG